AUGUUUAUUAUAUGGCCUCGGCCAGGAUUUCGUCAGCGCGAUGUGGGUCGCGCUCGCCUUGCAUCUAGACUUUUCGACAUAGCCUGCCCGUCGCGCGAUAAACUCGCCGCUUUUCGGUCGGCGCUGAAGAUCACCUGCAUUGUCGCUAAUGAUGAAAUUGGUAAAAUUUUAAUAUGGAAUUUCGAUGUUGCGCCGAGCGAGUGGAGAGCGGCGCGCGGAUUUCGGCCGUGGAACGUUCUAGCGUCAGUCGCGAGGCCAGUGGCGGCUAACGGUGCAGCGGACAACGACUCCGCAAACGCCGGCCCGCUCGGAAACAUGCUGACGCAUCGCUUGGUUUCCGAGGAAGCGGCCGCCGACCGCCGACCUGCC